UAGCGUCCUACAUAUCCAAACCUCUCAAAUAAUGAAUAAUGAAAUAAGUCCCACAACGUAAUCUGCCUUCCCUUCGCCUAGACGCGGAAACAGAGGUUCGUCUCUCAGUCCGAGCUAGCAAGUCAUCUUCAUUUCACUGAGCCUCACAUUUCACCGAGAUGGAGCUGUGUGAAAUACUGUACAACAAGGCUGAGUACAUCGAGACGGCAUCGGGCAACAAAGUCAGCAGACAGUCGGUUCUCUGUGGAAGUCAAAACAUCGUCCUCAACGGGAAAACCAUAGUGAUGAAUGACUGCAUUAUUAGAGGAGAUCUUGCUAAUGUCCGAGUCGGCAGACACUGUGUCAUCAAAAGUCGAAGUGUAAUUCGCCCGCCAUUUAAAAAGUUUAGCAAAGGUGUGGCUUUUUUCCCUUUGCACAUUGGAGAUCAUGUGUUCAUAGAGGAGGACUGUGUGGUCAAUGCAGCACAGAUAGGAUCGUACGUUCACAUUGGCAAAAACUGCGUCAUUGGUCGACGGUGUGUCCUGAAGGAUUGCUGUAAGAUUCUGGAUAACACUGUUCUGCCCCCUGAGACAGUGGUUCCACCAUUUACAGUAUUCUCCGGAUGUCCAGGAUUGUUUUCAGGAGAGCUCCCAGAGUGCACGCAGGAGCUGAUGAUUGACGUGACCAAGAGUUAUUACCAGAAAUUCCUCCCCUUAAGUCAAAUCUGAGACUGUAGACACGCUGCUUCUCAGACCAAAGUGGAUAUUGGACUGUUCACCUGGCACAGGACUCCUACCCCCCAAAAAAGAAGGCUGUCUCUAUCCAUCCAGUGCUGACCUUCCUCACACAUGGGUACCUGUUCUUGACUUUAGUCCAGUCUAUCAGCGUAGCAUGGUGACUCUUAUCCAGUAUGAUGUUUUUUGUGGCUUGGCUUUGUGUGGUUGUUGUGUUUUAAGCUGUCAUUGCUUCUCUCUCUCACCACACUGAAAUGUCACAAAACAGAAAAUGCCAACAGCUUCCUGAGAGCAACUCUGUUGUUUACGAAGGUCUGUAUUUAUUGUAAUAUUUAGCUGUUUAAUUUCUGCAACACUAAAUGGUUUCUCUGUUCAAAUACAUAGUCACAAAUAAUAUCUGAUGCUAAUACAUUUUUUUUUUUUUUACCGAAUAAAUUGGCCA